CAAUCUUCAUUUUCAUCAUGGCUUUACGUUUCCAAAGUGUGUCAUAGGAAAAAACACGAUUUCCGCGUAAUAUCUGUGAAAUUCGGUACGGAAAGUGAUCGCAACUGCGCGGCGGUGGUUCCGGACAUCCGCACGAGAUGGAUUUCGGCAAAUUGCUGAGCGUGGCUCAGCGCAAUGCCUCCAAUUCGGAGCAGAAAAAUUCCGAGUCCCGCUACUACUCGACCAAGUUCGCCCCGCCCAAGAAGGAGAACAAGGAAAAGAAGCUAUCGGCCAACAUUCAGAAGUUUCUCGCCAAAAAAGAGGAGGAGGAGCGCCAGAAGACCAUCGAAGAGAACCGCAGACGGGAGGAGCUGAUGGCCAAGCGGGAUCCCAAGGCGAAGCGGAAGAUCGAAAAGAUGUUGAAGGUGAUCAAAUCGGCCAACAAAUCCGUGCUGGACGAUGCCGUCGAUCAGAACGACACGGCCGUGACACUGCAAGGGCCGGACCAGCCGGACGAGGACGACUACGGUUACACGUCCAACGUGGCGUCGCAAAUCUAUCAGCAACUGAUGGACAAGUACAAGAAUAACCCGGAGGAGAAGAAGUUCAAGGAUGGCGCAAAGCGGACCAUGUCCAAAGAGGAUAUGGACCGGGCGAAGGCACGAGUGAAGGACGCACUGAACAGAGUUCAGGAAGAGGAGAACGCUCCUAGGACCAGGAAGCGAAAGGAAGGCACCGAGGGAAGCACCAGGGAUGAAGAAAGUGGUAGUAGUAGUAGUAAGAAGCUGGUAGGUCCGGACAAAUAUGACCCGGAGGAGGAUCGAAGGAAGGAAGCAGAAGCCAAAGCGAAGGAGGAAGCAGCCAGGAAAAAGGCUCGCAAAUCAACCGGACCUGCGCCUCCGGACUUCGCCACCCUGCUCAAACUGGCCGAACAGAAGCAGUUUGAACCGGUUAAACCUGAAGCUCCGGUCGAAAAAGUCAACAAAAAGAAGGAACCGGACCGUCUCAUGACCAAGAAGGAGAAACGAGAAUACGAGGAACGGCAAGCUUAUCUCGAACAGAAGAAAAUUCGCGAUCGAAUACGAAACGAUGCUCGCCUAUCGGAAAAAGAGAAACAGAUCAAACUGGCACAGUACGAUGCAUUCAAAGCCGGAAAGGCACCACCGGCAGCGAGUGUCAGCAAACCCGGAACAACCACUACAAAUGUAAUGGCUCCAAAUGGCAGAAUCCCCAAACUGAAUUCAGCUGGCUCUGGAAGGCCUGCUGCUGCCACGCCGUCAAAACCGACGAGUUCCUCCUCCAGCACAACACCCAGCAGUACCAGUUCGAAGCCGCCAGCUUUCCGACCGGAAGAAAAGCGGCCCUCGUCACUCCAGAAACCUACUUCCGAACCGUCGUCAUCAAAAAGCAAGCUCGAAGCUGCUCUCAUGGCAGCCAAAAAGCCACCAGUCAGUGCCCAACCUUCUUCCAUUAGGAAACCGGUAUCAUCUGCCCAUCAAAAUGGAACUUCUAAAAUCUCAUCGACCACGUCGUCGAAGCCUGCUGCGCCAACCGCAAAAUCCGCACCCUCAUCGACGGCCAACGGCCAAAAGACUCGACCAUUCCCACCGACUGACGUCCAGAAGACCCGCCAGUUCCCGCCACCGGACGUACAAAAAACGCGACAACUUCCUCCCCAGGAUAUGAUGCGGAAGCGACCGAUAGAUGCCCGCGGUGGUGGAAGAGGUGGAUCGUCAUCGUCCAAAAAGCGUCGGCCCGUCAUCGAGGACAGCGACAGCGAGUACGACUCCGAAAUGGACGACUUCAUCGAUGACGGCGACGAGGAAGAGGACUACUCGUCGCAGAUCCGUGCCAUCUUCGGAUACGACAAGUCCCGCUACCGGGACGAGGACUUUGACGACCGGGAGAUGGAGUCCACCUUUGCCCAGCAGAUGCGCGAGGAGUUUAUCAGCAAGAAGAUCGGACUGAUGGAAGAUCUGGAGGAUAUGCGUAUGGAGGAGGAGGAGAAAAAGAUGAAAGCACUACAGAAGAAGAAAGAGGCCAAGCGGAAGUGAGAGUUGGUUGGUGGAUUAUUUUGAUUAAUUUUAACCUUUAGGGGACAUCUUAUUUAUUUUUUAAAAUAUCAUUAUGAAGAGCUCUUUAGUUGCGUGGGUCACCUACAAGUGAGUGCUGCUAGUUCUAGGUGGUCUUUUAGAAGGCUUAUUUUUUUUUGCAACAAAAUGAUUGGCGGAUUUAUCUACCCCCAUUAAAAAAAAGUAGUGCAAACGUUUAGAUUGAACAUUGUGACAUUGUGAGAGACUAUUUUUGUCUUGAAAUAUUUUUUUUUUGGCUAAUAUGAAAAAUUUCUCAUUAGAAGAAUCCUUAUAAGCAGACGAAAGUAUAUAAACGGAAUAGUUGCAAAUGAU